AUGAAAGUCGCAAUGAGAAUGAGAAAAUUGCCACCAAGAUAUGCUCAUGAAUUUAUGUCCCGGACCAAAAGUCACUUGUUUUCCAAGUCUUUUGGUUGGAAGCAUUUUUCAUCUGUGAUGGAGCAGAAGGAGCCACCAAUUCUUCGUGCAUGUAAUUCUGUGUGUCUAGGCAAGUCUACCACACUUACGAAGAGUGAAAUAUUGGAAUCACUAAAGAAUGCUGGCCUGCCAGCAAAUGAAGACAAUGCGGUGGCUGUGAUGAGAUUUUUGAAUGUAGACACAAAAGGAUCUAUUUCUCAUGGACACUUCCGCAGUUUUAUGCUUCUUCUUCCCCCAUAUCGUCCUCAAGAGGAUCCAGGGAGUACUGCAGUUCCUGUUUCACGACGGUUGAAAAACCUGUUGAAAGUGUUAAUAUCGGCGUUGGCAGGGGGCCUUUCUUGUGUCAUGUCUUGUGCAUUAAUGCAUCCAAUUGACACCAUCAAGACUCAAGUACUAGCAUCAUCGUCUUUAACCUUUCUAGAAGUCAUUUCUAAGCUUCCCCAAGCUGGAGCACAGGUUUUAUAUAGGGGUUCAAUCCCAGCAAUUCUUGGACAGUUUUCAAGCCAUGGCUUGCGAACUGGAAUAUCUGAAGCAAGUAAGCUAGUGCUAAUAAAUAUUGCUCCGACAUUACCAAACUUCCAGAUACAAUCCGUAUCAUCAUUCUGCAGCCCAUUUUUGGGAACAGCAGCGCGGAUCCCUUGUGAGGUGUUGAAGCAGCAAUUGCAGGCCGGUCUAUUCGACAAUGUGGGGGAGGCUACGGUUGGGAUGUGGCGCCACGAUGGACUCGGGGGUUUCUUUUGUGGAACUGUGACCACCCUUUGUCGUGAGAUUCCAUUUUAUGUUGCUGGCACCGGCCUAUAUGAUGAGUCCAAAAAGGCUGUGCAGCAAUUUUUAGGAUGGGAACUGAAACCUUGGGAGACACUGGCUGUGGGGGCUUUAUGCGGCGGCUUUACGGCUGUGAUGAUGACACCGUUGGAUGUGAUCAAAAUGAGAAUGAUGACCGCGAGGGGUCAGUCUCUGUCGGACGCCUCAGUUACCCUCUCCAUACUCCGCCAUGGCUUAUAUAAAGGAGCAGUGCCCAGGUUCUUCUGGGUCGCUCCCCUGGGCGCCUUCAAUUUUGCUGGCUGCGAGCUGGCUAGAAAGGCCAUGUCCAGGAUUAUGAACGAGCAUCCUCCCAAGGUGGCCACUUCUGAAUAAUAGAGGGAUUUUUUCGGCCCGAGUCUAUAUCAACAUGGAUCACAAUUUUUGAUUCACCUGCAUGGCUGCAUCUCUCUCUAAUAUUUUCUCUUUUGUACAUUUGCGGUUUGCUAACCACGUUUGGGAUCCAUUUCAAUUUGGCCUUGUAAAUUUUCUACGGAAAGGAAGAGCUCGUUAUUUCUUUCACUUUCUUCACUGCUGUACAGAUAUUAAUCCUUUCAUUUCUUUCAAAUCAAUAUUCUGGAGUGCCUAUAGCAGUUCACUUUUUUUGAUA